AUGCCUCACCUCCCAGUCUCUGCAGCUGUGGCUGCAGCACCUGGUGAGGCUUCCAGGAUUGCAGAUCGCCUUUAUAUCCUCAUAAAAGGUCCAUCAAAUCCAGUCGACUUUCCACUCUCAAUCCUGUCGGGUCUCUCUUCAUCACAUUCCAGUAUACAGCAGUCGGCCAUUGCUGAACUGCGUGCCUACAUUCGACGACUCUUCUUCCUCGAAUUCCACCCUUACUUUAUGGUCAGCAGCAUAGCCGCAGCAGGCGUAGUCUUGUUGCUCAUCGCUAUCGGUAUCCCUGUGGCGUUUCACCGCCUCUACCAUGGGCGUCUCGAUGUCUUUCGCCUGGAAAGACGAAUGCAAGGCUCGUACAUCAUCCCCAACGCUAUCAACUGCUUCCUUUUGCUCGAAGGUCUCUAUGGCAUCUUGACAGUAGCCUUCAACUUUUGCAUUUGGGAGCUUUUCAACAACCACAAACAAGGAUGGAUGUAUCUUUUCCAGCCCUUCCGAUCGCUCAUCUGGAUUCCGCUCUACAUCGGAGCCUUCCUGACAGGAUGGGGAAGUUUCUACACCGCUCCUGGUGCUCUCGACAAGCCCACUGCUUCCAGAUACAAAACAAGCGCAAAAGGUCAUCUGCAAUGGCCACUGAUCGUCAACCUUAGCUGUCUCGGCACGCCCGUUGCACUCAUCAUCUCGCUUCUCCCGCCAGCAUGUCUCUCAUCCGUCAAGAUGGCCAAGGCGUACAACAGCUAUAAGGAAUGGGAUCACAGCUUCGAAAGAUUGCUCGACGCAACCGCAGCAGGCAGUCUUGUCAACCAAGUAGCUCUCGACAAUUUCAGAUCACGAGCCUAUACCAUCUUCAAGGACUGGACCAUGUCGUACUACUACGUCGACAUCGGCUAUGUUCUCUGGAGUUUCUGGGCGCUCCUCUUCCUCUUCUUCUACGUGCCUGCUGGUGGUGUGCUCGUCUAUCUUCUGCAUCGUCAAGUGCGUAAGCAAAGGGCUAUCCUGCUCAGCUACCAGCGCAAGCUUGAAAUUCAGCUUGCGCAAGAGCAGAGGGGGAUGCAAAUUUGUGUCUUGACCGGAGAACAGGCUGGUAUGCAGGCAGGUCAAGCAGCGGGGCACUUAUCCGGAGCCCACCCUUCAUCCCGCCUCGGUGCGCCUCUUGAAGACAUCUAUGAGAAUAGAGGAGCAUCCGAUGGAAGCGAUCGUACAGGCCCCAGCGGCACAACAGCCUCAUUUAAGGGUAGUCAGGGUUUCCUUGGUCUCGAGUCGGCAUUGCGGCACGACCCUCCAGCUUCUCAUCAAGUGCAUGGAGCCAUGACUCCUGGCAUCACCUCACGCAUCGGUCAUGUCGCAAGUUUGACUGAAGAGGUCGGCUCCAGCAAUGGUCCAGGUACGGGCUCGACACCUCUUACGCCUAUAACUCCCAACACGCCUAGGCCACCAUCAGCCUUUAGGAAGCUGAUGCGCCUGGAGACGGGGUCCAGCAGCCAGCGCGGCGACUUGCUUUCGCCUAAAACCAAGCGCAAACGCAUCUCCAUUACGGGUGGACCCAUGUCACACUACAAAUACCUCCGCCGAUGUCUGGUCAACUUGCUCAUUCUCUACUUUGGCAUCAUCUCCGCAGCCACCUGCUUCGGCGCCAUUACCAUCUACCUCGCUUCUGUCGAGUACGAGCACGCACUACAAGGUCCUGCCGCAGUCGCUUACCCGAUCGCAGUAGCCGGCACAACAGCAGCAUGGGCUUCUGCCGUCUUCGGCGCUCUCACUAUCGGCUCCAUUGUCUUCCGCAACUUUGACAAUCCUAAACCCGAAACAUGUCAAAACAGCAAUACAGAAGGAGGCGGAGCAGGUGGUCUCCGUCGUCGCUUCCACCGUAACGCUUCUCGUCGCACACUCGACUCUGCCGCUGCAACAGGCGCAGAGCAGAACGCAGCAGCUCGAAACCCAGUGAUGCAGGGAAAGUCUCGAACACUGCCUGCCGUACCCGAAAGCGUCGAUCUGGAAGCAAGCAUGCUGUCGGUCAUCCAGUCAAAACCUCAUAUCGCCAUGAACACCGGGAUGAAGUUCAAUAUGUCAGAACAAUCCCUCCCUGGCGGAGGAUUUGUGAUUCGACCAGAUGAUCAGCUAGCUUCGAUGCUGUCGACUGCUGGUAACACCCCGGAAACAAAGGAUGGGCCGAGAGUUGGUGGCAAACAAGGCAAGAGUCUUCGACCUCCACCGAAAGCCAGAGCUUGGCUUAGUCGGGAAAGGGAAGCUACGAUGUCGAUCCCUCAGGAUGUCACCGAAUCUUUCGGUCUUGCGUCGGUGCCGAUGAUGGUCGGACGCUCCAACCAAGGAUCGGAGCGCGAAGCGUUGGAGGAUCCGUCAGGACACUUCAAGACAACCGACUCGACUCUGGCUGAGUAUCCUUUCGAUCCACGCAUCCUUAAGGGCGCUCAAGAAGCUUCUGCUUCGCUCGACACCACCGCAGUACGCUCAAGAGAUACAAAGCCUUCUCGGGCGGAAGAAUCACCUUCGUCACCAGUAGUCAAACAUCAAUCAAGGUUAAGCGAUAGUGUCGGAAGCGAGACACCUGCUUCGAGGAUCGCAAGAGAGUGGGCUCGGUCUCAAUAUUUUGAUGCGCCACUGCCAGAGACUCCCACCACCGCAAGUGGGCGCGGUCGUGAACUCGACUCCCUCGGGUUGAAGCAUGAGGGCGAGGGCGAAGGUGCUUGGAUCUCCGACCUGGCAGGCUCACCUCCUGCUUCACCACCCUCAUCACCACCCUCAUCACCACCACGACCAACUCGUGACUUGAGACGUCUUCUUGGGGAGGCUGAUUCGCAGAGGCGCAAUGGCGGGGUUUUUAGCCCAGAUGCAAGGUUCUGA